GCUUACUUGAAGCCUUCCCUUCAACCACUCCGUACUGUAAUGGCUAUGAUGCCUUUGGCAAUUCCUGAACUUGUGCUCGCCGAUUGUUAUAGAAACAUUCGAUUAGACUUACAAUACAAGAACGUGUAGGCCAAUUGUGUAGCGAAUGGGCCCCUCUGACCUGGACGCGGAGCGUGAAGCGACCAUGGCUAGGAACAAUGCCAUUCUGGACGAGAUUGGCUUAGGAAAUGCCUGCAAGGAGUUCAAGGAUGCUGCGGCUAAACUUAGGCCAGUGUCGGGCAAGAAGCGGCAACAAAGCACUAAAGGUCCGCCACUCCGCAAGUCUUCCCGUCUGGAGGGGCGACCCCAGCCAGGCAACGACCAGGAAGUUAGCGACGAAGAUGAGGAGAAUGAGGCUGCUGUAAGCCUGGAUUCUGAGGAGGAGAAGAACGGGACGGUAACGGACGGCGACGAGGCACCUGAGCUGUGGUCGGAUGAGCAGGAGGGCUGGGCAACCGGUCAAGGAUGGAAUCUCGAGGAUGGACCCGGCGAGCUGCUUCACAGGCUGGCGUUGUUCCAGGUCAUCGGCAUUAGAAUGGAUCAGCGCGAGUCCUUCUUGCGGUGGUACAAGAACUCGCGGAUUAUGACUGUCGAGGGCAUUACCGCUCAAGACCUGAAGAUGCCAUGCGCCUUCACGACUAUGUUUGAUGCGGGGAUACAAGAGCGCCUCACGCAGGUAUCACGAAAGUCGGGCUCGUUGCCAACACCAGGCGGCCCCUCCCUCGGGUCGUCCUCUGCUAACCAGCGGCAGGGAAAACGUACCAGCGAGAAGGUGACCAAGAAGAUUGAGAGCGUGUACGGGCAGGCUGUGUUGGCGAGCCGGGAGGCCUUCAAGAGCCUGGAGCCCUCGGUGAUGGAGGCAAACGACUUGAAGAUCAUCAAAGACAUGGGGGAGCACAUCCGGUGCCUGCUGGGCGUGGGACAAGGUGCGCCCAUGGAGACAGUGAAGGCCAGGCUGCGGCAGGCGGUGCAAGUGAAGGCUAAGAACAUGCGCCGAUGCAGCAAGCCAAACGUGAACCUGGACACGGUCGAUGAGGAGGAAGGCCUGCAGCCGGCAUCACCAUCAGCACCGGGUGAGGAGGAGGAGCCAGCCACGCCCGAGGUGCCCAAGCCGUACAUGUGGGCUAAGCUGCCUGGAGGGGACACGGAGAAGUACGCUGCGGCUGACAACCACCUCGACUGGCUGGCGGACUUCGACAUAGGGGACAACGCAGGGUGCAUCCUUGUGGGAAGCCUGGACAAGGACGAGUUGGUUCCGGUAACACUUGGCUGCGGCCUGCUGCUGGACCCACUGGACGCCAAGACCGACCCGGCGGCUACCGUUGACGUCCUGGUCUUUGGCAUCAACACUAACGUCAAGCGCACCAAGAACGCUUACAUGCCGUCCAGUGUGGGCGGCAAGACUAGCACCUUUGCGCUGGAGGAGAAGGACAAAGACGGCAAGCUGGUACGCAAGCUUGCAAGGUCCCAGACGGUCAAGUGGCCUGUCAUGGGCAUCCUGCCCACAUUCAAUGGUAGCACCGGCAUAACGGUGUCCAUGACUUUCUACGGGACUCGCGAGAAGGACAUCGCCACCAUCAAGACGUGCCUAGCGCAGAAGCGGCAGGCACGCGCUGUUGAGGGGAAGUAGUAGAAUGCGUAGGCUUGUGUGGCGUACAGCGUCCUUGGUUUUACCCCUUUACUCCCUGGACGGAUGGCCACAUAGUGAGGAUCAUAAUACGACUCUGAGAUGCACAAAGGAAGCACACCGGUGCAUGGCAUGGGGAAGGCAUCUGGACCAACGAGACAGCGUAUUGCCUGUUGUGACCAUGUGCGUCGCAGAUGGAUGCUUUGCGUUAAACAGACUGUACCUAUGUGUUUCACAUCAUGCCGUCGAAAUGACAAUUCGGCCCAGGUGCAUAGGGCAUAGCGUGGGGGAGCGUGUUGUGUUCAGUUGCAUUACCGCAUAGCAUUACGUUAGGACACCCGUUUUUACCAACACACAUGUUGCUUCAUGUUGGAGACUCAGUAAUUGGCUUUGGAGUUGCUUGGUGGCAGAGUGAAGGAGCUAACCUGUCAUACGGCAUAUAUAUUCCUCUACUUGUUUUGGAUGUUAACUGGGCAGGCCCUCAUCUGGGGCGUAGUGCCAACACCUGAAGAAUGACGAAAUCAAAGAAGAGCAUAAGAGCCCUAACUUCUUGCUUGUUGUGAAUGAAUGGUUGACAGUUACAAUAGUUCGUGUUGUGUCCUUCUGUCAUGGUGCUGCCAAGCAGCAUUCAACCGUCAACUGGGCUCCUCAUUGGCCCUUUUUAACCUGACGACCCCUGUUUACCUAAUCAGUCAGCACA